CUCGGCCCCUGGAUUCGAGGGAUUUCACCGGGAUUUCGUCGGGUAUUUCGGUGGUUUUGUUAUUACGCAGGUUUCUGGGCCUUUGUGGUCGUGAGGGAAAAUCUGCAGAGGGGAGCCACGCGUUCCCGAAGGCUUCAAAUGCCAGAGGGCAAAUCAAACCCAACGCUGGUGGCUCGUAGUAAUGUCACCUGAAGGCAGUCCCUGCUGCCAUCCUGAGUCACUGGCUGUGGGUUUUUGGGUGGCAGCGCUGCUCCCUGCCCAUGCUGAGGCUGCGCAGGGGACGUGGGGCGCUGCCACCUACGUGCGCGGCCAGCUUCUACCCCUGGACAGCGUCAGGCCGUGUUUGGGGUUUCCUUGUUCCUGUCGGAGCUCAAGUUCUCCAUUUUGGCUCCCAAAGCCGCCGGCCCACGGGGCCGCUGCCGGAUGGGAGAGCCCGGAGCGGGCAGCACGCCUCCGCCCGCCGGCUGCUGGGCCCUCGGCCCUGCCCCGGGGAGGAAAUAGUGAAUUUUCAGAGCCUCGUCCGUGAGCCCCGAGUUCCCCUGCCCCAGCACGGACGGUUUCCAGCGUGGGCUGCAGGCUCGUGGCGGGCAGGGCACCGACCUUGAUGCUGCCAGGGCCGAGCCCUCGGCCGCCGCCGCUCUGGUGCACGAGGCGACCAGAAGCCAUCAAAGCGCCGCGCUUCUAGAAGGAGCUCGCCUCCUGCGCCCGGCGCUGCCUCCACCUCUCGACCGAAAGCUGGAAACCACAUGCAGGCGUAGAAGGGGCGAGCCGCGCCAAUUCCAGCGCCGGCUGCCCUCCACGCUGGCCCCAGCGCAGCCCGGUGCUCGCUGGGGAGCUUGGAGCGGGCAGGGGGGGCCGGGGGCCGCUCUCUGGCGGCUUUGCCCCGGUGCCGUGCGCCGGGGGAGGCGCGGGGCCGCGAGCGGAGCCGUGGGGCGCAGGUGGUGAGCCAUGGCGGUGUGGAUCCAGGCGCAGCAGCUCCAGGGCGAAGCCCUGCGGCAGAUGCAGGCGCUCUACGGGCAGCACUUCCCCAUCGAGGUGCGGCACUACCUGUCGCAGUGGAUCGAGAGCCAGGCAUGGGACUCCAUCGACCUCGACAACCCCCAGGAGAACGUGAAGGCGACGCAGCUGCUGGAGGGGCUGAUCCAGGAGCUGCAGAAGAAGGCGGAUCACCAAGUGGGUGAAGACGGCUUCCUGCUGAAGAUCAAGCUGGGGCACUAUGCCACGCAGCUGCAGAACACGUACGACCGGUGCCCCAUGGAGCUGGUGCGCUGCAUCCGGCACAUCCUCUACCACGAGCAGAGGCUGGUGCGGGAGGCGAACAACAGCCCCUCGCCGGCCGGCUCCCUGGUGGACGCCAUGUCGCAGAAGCACCUGCAGAUCAACCAGACCUUCGAGGAGCUGCGGCUCAUCACGCAGGACUCGGAGAACGAGCUCAAGAAGCUGCAGCAGACGCAGGAGUACUUCAUCAUCCAGUACCAGGAGAACAUGCGCCUCCAAGCCCAGUUCUCCCAGCUCUCCCAGCUGGGUCCCCAGGAGCGCCUGUCGCGGGAGACGACGCUGCAGCAGAAGAAGGCGUCGCUGGAGGCUUGGCUGCACCGGGAGGCCCAGACACUACAGCAGUACCGCGUGGAGCUGGCCGAGAAGCACCAGAAGACGCUGCAGCUGCUGCGCAAGCAGCAAACGACCAUCCUGGACGACGAGCUGAUCCAGUGGAAGCGCCGGCAGCAGCUGGCGGGGAACGGGGGUCCCCCCGAGGGCACCCUGGACGUGCUGCAGACCUGGUGCGAGAAGCUGGCGGAGAUCAUCUGGCAGAACCGGCAGCAGAUCCGCCGGGCCGAGCACUUGUGCCAGCAGCUGCCCAUCCCCGGCCCCGUGGAGGAGAUGCUGUCGGAGCUGAACGGCACCAUCACCGACAUCAUCUCUGCCCUGGUCACCAGCACCUUCAUCAUCGAGAAGCAGCCCCCCCAGGUGCUGAAGACGCAGACCAAGUUCGCGGCCACCGUGCGGCUCCUGGUGGGGGGGAAGCUGAACGUGCACAUGAACCCCCCCCAGGUGAAGGCCACCAUCAUCAGCGAGCAGCAAGCCAAGGCCCUGCUGAAGAACGAGAGCACCCGCAAUGAGAGCAGUGGGGAGAUCCUCAACAACUGCUGCGUGAUGGAGUAUCACCAGGCCACCGGCACGCUCAGCGCCCACUUCCGCAACAUGUCCCUGAAGCGGAUCAAGCGCUCAGACCGCCGCGGUGCUGAGUCGGUGACGGAGGAGAAGUUCACCAUCCUCUUCGAGUCGCAGUUCAGCGUUGGUGGCAACGAGCUGGUCUUCCAGGUGAAGACGCUGUCCCUGCCCGUGGUGGUGAUCGUGCACGGCAGCCAGGACAACAACGCCACGGCCACCGUGCUCUGGGACAACGCCUUUGCGGAGCCUGGCCGCGUCCCCUUCGCGGUGCCUGACAAAGUGCAGUGGCCGCAGCUCUGCGAGGCGCUCAACAUGAAGUUCAAGGCGGAGGUGCAGAGCAGCCGCGGGCUGACGAAGGAGAACUUGGUGUUCCUGGCGCAGAAGCUCUUCAACAGUACCAGCUCCCACCUGGAGGAUUACAGCAGCACCACGGUGUCCUGGUCCCAGUUCAACCGGGAAAACCUGCCCGGGAGGAACUACACCUUCUGGCAGUGGUUCGACGGCGUGAUGGAGGUGCUGAAGAAGCACUUGAAGCCGCACUGGAACGACGGGGCCAUUCUGGGCUUCGUGAACAAGCAGCAGGCGCACGACCUGCUCAUCAACAAGCCCGACGGCACCUUCCUCCUGCGCUUCAGCGACUCGGAGAUCGGCGGCAUCACCAUCGCGUGGAAGUUCGACUCCGCUGAGAGGAUGUUCUGGAACCUGAUGCCUUUCACCACCAGGGACUUCUCCAUCCGCUCCCUGGCCGACCGCCUCGGGGACCUCAGUUACCUCAUCUACGUGUUCCCCGACCGGCCCAAGGACGAGGUCUUCUCCAAGUACUACACGCCGGUUCUCUGUGAGUCCACGCCAGCUAAAGCCGUGGAUGGGUACGUGAAGCCACAGAUCAAGCAAGUAGUGCCAGAGUUUGUCAGCGCAUCAGGCGACGCUGCCCCCGGGGGGGCCACCUACAUGGACCAGGCUCCUUCGCCCGCCGUCUGCUCCCAGCCCCAUUACAACAUGUACGCCCAGAACCCCGACGCCGUGCUGGACCCCGAGGGCGACUUCGACCUCGACGACACCAUGGACGUGGCCAGGCACGUGGAGGAGCUGCUGCGGCGCCCCAUGGACAGUCAGUGGAUCCCCCACGCCCAGUCGUGACCGCCGGGCGUCCCGGCCCCACUCCGGCCCCCCCCCGGCACUGUGGGGACUGUGCUGUGUUCGUGUCUCUGUGCCCAGCUGGGGGGGGGGGUUCAGGCGGCGAUGGAGGGGGAGGUUCUCGCCCCCAGAGAUUUGCUCUGUGCUGUCUAGAAACGCAGGGUGGUGUCCGGCUCUUUGGUGUUUAUGCCCUUGUAUAAAAGGCAGCGGAUUUGUCGCAUGUUUUUUUUUUUUCCCUCCCCCCCCCCCUCUAUGUUCCUUUUCAAAAAGGCCCAGCUUUGGCUUUCCGCUUCUGCGAGCACCGGCCCCUGGAGCUGCCCCGCUUCCCGUAGCCUGUGUGUCGUCCCACCCCCCCCA